AUGCUCACUAGCAUCACCAGAUACUUUAAAGACCCAUUUGGCCGCAAAAUGCGCUCACGAAAAUCCCUCGAAGGCACUGGCUUUGAAGCCGAGGACCGCAAAUACCCAUUCACAAUCUCGUCAUGGGACGACUACCACAGCUACCGGCCCACGCUGCCGCCCUCCAUGUUUGCAGCGUGGAUCAAGUAUCACCAAGACCACGGCGGCAAGCUCGACGUCGCACAUGACAUCGGUGCCGGCUCUGGAACCGGCGCCGCCUUUCUUUCCCAGGUCUUUGCGCACACCUACGUGUCCGAUCCGGGCGAGGCCAACAUUGCCGCCGCCCGCGCGCGCCUGCAGCCCGCCGACAAGUUCACCUUUAACCAAUCGCCCGCCGAGGUGCAGUGGCCGGGCCCGUCCUCGGUGGACAUGGCCGUCAUCUGCAACGCGCUGCACUGGACCGACGCGCCCGUCGUCAUGGCCAACCUCGCCGCGACGCUCAAGCCCGGCGGUUCCUUUGCGUGCUGCAUGCAGGCCUUCCGCAUCAACUUCCCGCAGAGCCCGCGCCUCGACGAGCUGUGGCUCGCGGCCACCGAGGCCGUCAUGAGCAAGCUGCACCGCGACGGCCACCUGAGCGACGCCAUCAAGGCGGGCAUCCGCCACUCCUACAGCGGGUACGAGGGCGUCGACGUGCCCGCGGAGCACUUUGCGGAUGUGCGCCGCUGGCAGGUCAACGUGCGCGAGGGCGACGCCACGCCGUACCGGUUCACGAAGCCGGGCGAGUUUGAGGAAAACCCGCGCCGCGUCAAGGACUCGGAGACGGAGGAGUACGUUGAGGAUCCGGGUUGGCAGCGCCAGGUCGACGUUGAGUGGCUGCGCGGCUUCCUGCGCACAACGACGCUGCCGCUCGGCGACGACAUUUGGGCGCUGCCGCCGUGGGUGGAGCUGGAGAGAGUUAUCAAGAACGAGUUUGGUGGUCAGGUCAUGGCCGAGUGGCCAGUGUACAUGCUUCUUGCAACACGCAAGUAA